UCUCCAUCUCACCUCAACCAUGUCGCAAACAGAUGCACAGAAGGGCAGUCCUCUGACAUUGGUGCUAAUGGUUGCUUCUGCAGCCAUUGGAGGGACUCUCCAGUAUGGCUACAACCUUGCCAUAAUGAACGCUCCCACAACUUUUAUUCAAACUUUCAUCAACGAGACCUUCCUGGAGAGGUGGGAUAUCCAGUUGGAAGACUACCAAGUGACGCUGGUCUGGACAAUCAUUGUCUCCAUCUUCUCGUUGGGAGGGUUGGUUGGAGCGCUUAUCGCGGGGCCAAUGACCAUACGCUUCGGGAGGAAGAAAUGUAUGCUGCUGAACAACAUUUUCCUCAUGAGUAGCGCACUCCUGGCCCUGACAAGUAGAGCUGCCAAGUCUUUUGAAAUGAUUAUUAUUUCUCGUGUCCUGGUUGGAAUAAACGCAGGGAUCAGUAUGAAUGUACAACCCAUGUAUUUUGGAGAAAGUGCACCGAAGCACUUAAGAGGAGCGAUCUCUUUGUCCUCGGCUGUUUUCACGGCGUUUGGCGUUGUGUUAGGACAGGUGAUUGGACUCAGAGAGAUUUUGGGCAGCGAGCCAUGCUGGCAGUACCUUCUGGCCAGUAACGCGGUUCCCGGCUUCAUCCAGCUGUUGACCCUGCCGUGGUUCCCAGAGAGUCCCAGGUACCUGCUCAUCGACAGGGGCGACAAGGAGGGCUGUAUAAAUGCUCUGAGGCGUCUGCGAGGGUGUGAGGUGCAGAGCAGCGAGCUCGACGAGAUCAUGCAGGAACAGGCUGAAGCAAAAGGCCUGAAGCCGAAGCAGCCGUGGGAGCUCUUCACUGACCGCUCCAUGCGCUGGCAGCUCAUCACAGUCAUGAUCAUCAGCAGUGCCAUGCAGCUCUGCGGCAAUGACUCGAUCUACUUCUACGCAUUUUAUGUGUUCAAAGAGGCUGGGAUAUCUGACGAAAAAAUCCAGUAUAUCACUAUCGGCACCGGAGCAUGUGAAUUUACAGCCUGUAUCAUGUGUAACCUUCUGAUUGAGCGCAAAGGCCGGCGGUUCAUGCUGAUGGGAGGCUUCAUCCUCAUGACCGUCUGGGCUGUGGUCUUCACGAUCGCUCUGUCAUUUGAGCACCUCAUAAGCUGGAUGCCCUACCUGAGCAUGACCUGCAUCUUCACCUACAUUCUGAGCUUUGGCAUGGGACCCGCUGGAGUGACAGGCGUGCUUCCCACUGAGAUCUUCAAUCAGACCGCUCGACCAGCAGCCUACAUGAUCGCUGGUUCCAUGAUGUGGAUCAACCUGUUCAUUGUUGGAAUGAUCUUCCCAUUCCUAGUGAGCGAGCUGAGCGAGUACUGCUUUGUCCCUUUCGGGGCGGUCUGCCUCUUGUCCGCCCUGUACGUCGGCCUGUUUCUGCCGGAGACCAAAGGGAAGUCUCUGUCAGUCAUCACCCACGAGUUCCACAAGCUCAACUUCAAAGGCCAGGACAAAGACUUUGAAUCCCAGCCUCACGUUGAGUACCAGCUGGGCGAAGUGUGUCACUCCACGGCACUGUAA